AAGACCCCCGGUAUCCUCUGACCAACAGACACUAUGUUGCUUCUCCGUCGUAUGUCUGCACGUCACUCUGCCUCUGGGUUGCAGAGCAUUCACUCACUGGUGGGCGAACCCCCUGCGUCUGUCACUAUACCUUCACGUACAACCCCUUUAUCCUAUGACCAGCUACCUGGUGAAUGGAAGAAAAACUGGCGUGGACUGUAUCGCUUCUGGAGGAAGGAUGGAUUCCACAACAUCCACCAUCACUUAAAGGAGAAUUGCCAGCGAUAUGGGCCAAUAUACAGGGAAAUGCUGGGGAACUAUGACAGUGUUUAUGUUCAGAGGCCGGAGGAUGCAGCAGCUCUCUUUCAGGUGGAAGGUCCCUAUCCUGAGCGUUUCAGAAUCCAGCCAUGGUAUGAAUAUCGUGACUAUCGCAACAAGCGAUAUGGAGUGCUGCUAAAGAGUGGGGAGGAAUGGCGCUCUCAUCGACUGACUCUGAAUCGUGAGGUGCUCUCUGUCGCAGGUAUGGCACGCUUUCUGCCCUUGUUGGACAGUGUUGGACAGGACUUUGUCAAGAGAGCUUACGCUCAGGUGGAAAGAAGCGGUCGUGGGACGUGGACAGCAGAUCUGACUGAGGAGCUUUUUCGUUUCGCCCUUGAAUCGGUAUGCUAUGUGCUGUAUGGUCAGCGACUUGGCCUUCUCCAGGAUUACAUUGACCCUGAAUCUCAGAAAUUUAUUGACUCAGUGUCUCUUAUGUUUCACACCACUGCACCCAUGAUGUAUAUCCCUCCGCGUUUGCUCAGGAGCAUUAACUCCUCCAUAUGGACAGAUCACGUAAAGGCAUGGGAUGCCGUCUUUAACCAUGCCGAUCGAUGCAUACAAAGUAUAUACAGCUCCAUGCGGCACCGCACAAACGAUGCAUAUGCCGGGGUACUGCACAGUCUUCUUCUCCAGGACCACUUGCCUUUGGAGGAUAUUAAGGCCAGUGUGACCGAGCUAAUGGCUGGUGGUGUGGACACGACGUCAAUGACUAUACAAUGGGCUUUGUACGAGCUGGCGCGAAGUCCUGGCGUUCAGGAGAAGUUGAGGUCAGAGGUUAUUUCAGCCAGGAGGAAAUGUGGCAAUGAUCUUGCAGAACUUCUUCAGAAUAUUCCAUUGGUCAAAGCGACCAUAAAAGAAACACUGAGGUUACAUCCAGUUGCGAUCACUCUGCAGCGAUACACUCAGAAGGACACAGUGCUUCGGAAUUACAACAUACCACAAGGGACACUGGUCCAAGUGGCGCUGUAUGCCAUGGGUCGGAACCCAGAGGUUUUCCAGUCUCCGGAGCGGUUUUCCCCACAGCGAUGGCUGGGAAAUAUGUCUAAACAUUUCAAAGGGCUGGGCUUCGGUUUUGGGCCGCGGCAGUGUUUAGGACGCAGAAUUGCAGAGAUGGAAAUGCAUCUGUUUCUCAUUCAUAUUCUGGAAAAUUUUAAGGUAGAGACAAAUCGCAUGUCUGAAGUGGGGACAACUUUUAAUCUCAUUAUUUUCCCAUCAAAACCCAUCCACCUGACUCUAAAACCUCUCAACUGAAAAUGUGGAGGGAAAUAUUUUGAGACCUUCUUCUGUUGCCUUCACCCAUGUCUGCUCAUUUAUAUGUACAUUUGCUGGACACCUUUUUAAGGACAGUUCAUUAUGAUAUAGAAUGGAUUGCAUUUCUCGCUAUUCUGCAGACAUUCCACUUCCUUGAAGAGUAACAAUGGAGAAAAUGCUGAGAGCUGGACAUUCUGAUAAAAAAGCAAUGUGUAUUCUGCUAGUGAACUACGUGUUAAAGGAACUUUAAUGAUGAUUUAUCACAAGUGAACCCUUUGAACACUUUACCCCGGGAGUAAUUAUGCAUGUUUAUUAUGAGUAUACAAAAAAAAUAAGCCAAACUUUAUGUUUGGGCCAAUUUUUAGCAACAUAUGGGCUAAAGUCCCUUUGAGACAGCAAUAAUAAUAAUAUUUAAUCUAACAGGAAAUAGUAAUAGUGUGAAACCAUAGCUGACUAAAGUUGGUUAUUUUACCACACAAUUCGAAAAGUACUUAGAAUUUUAGUUAUUUCACACUUUAUAACCAGAGUGAAUAAGAAAAUUAGGCUUCCUUUUUUUCAUUUACAUACAAAAUUUAGCCUUGCGCUUAAACUCCCACUACUCCUGGCCGGCAGCCGUGACUAUAGUACACAUCAGUCCCGAUACAUACAAUAGAAACCAAAGAAAAAGGUUGCUUUCACACUAUCCAAAAUCCCUAUGCACAUUUAAAUAACUGGAUU